GUGGGAGUGCCCGCGGGGGUCGUCUCGUGCGCAGCCGCGGUGGCGGCGCCAAUCACGGAGCGCAUCCCGUCCUCGCGCGACGGUGCAGUCGUACGGUCGUGACGUCUGCGCUUGCCGUGUAGAGACCCGCUCUUUCCCUACAGCGAGCUCGCGUCAGGAGCCGCAGGAUCACAGCGUGGUUUUGAAGCCGCAUCCGCCGCCACCAUGAGCGGCCGAAGUCGGGGUCGAAAAUCCUCCCGCGCCAAAAGCCGGGGCAAAGGCCGCGCCAGAGCCCGAGUCCGCCCUACUCCUGACGACGCCCCGCGCGACCCGGACCCUUCACAGUACCAGAGCCUCGGGGAGGACAUCCGAGCGGUACAGGUGCAGGCUGGCGCGGGGUGGGGUGGCCUGGAAACCGCUGCGUCCGCGCAGCUCCUCCGGCCUGGGGAGGAGGCCGCCUGCCGGCUCCCCCUGGACUGUGGCCUCGCGCUGCGGGCCCGAGCUGCGGGGGACCGCGGGCAGGCCGCGGCCUGUCCCGGCCCCGGGAAGGCCGUAUCUUUCUCAGAGCGCCUGGUCUCAGACACUGUCUUCGUGGGAACAGCGGGACCCGUGGGAAGGCCGAAAAAUGCCCCCCGCGGUGGAAACCGGCGUGGCCCUGCCGGGAAGAAGCCUCCAGAAACGUGUAGCACCGCGGGGAGGGGGCCUCAGGUGGUAGCUGGUAGGAAGCAGAAGAAAGGGGCGGCAGGGGAGAAUACCUCCGUCCCGGCCGGUGAGGAAAAGAAGGAAGAGAGAGAUGCAGGGUCGGGGCCCCCAGCGACGGAAGGCAGCAUGGAUACGCUGGAGAACGUGCAGCUGAAGCUGGAGAACAUGAACGCGCAGGCGGACAGGGCCUACCUUCGGCUCUCGAGGAAGUUUGGGCAGUUGCGACUGCAGCACUUGGAGCGCAGGAACCACCUCAUCCAAAAUAUCCCAGGCUUCUGGGGGAAAGCAUUUCAGAACCACCCCCAGCUAGCAUCCUUUCUGAACAGCCAAGAAAAAGAGGUACUGAGCUACCUAAGCAGCCUGGAAGUGGAGGAGCUUGGCCUUGCCAGAUUGGGCUACAAAAUCAAGUUCUACUUCGAUCGCAACCCAUAUUUCCAAAACAAGGUGCUCAUCAAGGAAUAUGGGUGUGGUCCUUCUGGUCAGGUAGUCUCUCGUUCUACUCCAAUCCAGUGGCUCCCAGGGCAUGAUCUCCAGUCCGUAAGCCAGGGAAACCCAGAAAACAACCGUAGCUUCUUUGGGUGGUUUUCAAACCACAGCUCCAUUGAGUCUGACAAGAUUGUGGAGAUAAUCAAUGAGGAACUGUGGCCCAAUCCCCUGCAGUUCUACCUUUUGAGUGAAGGCCCUCGUGUAGAGAAAGGAAAGGAAAAAGAAGGCAGACAAGGUCCGGGAAAGCAGCCGGUGGCCACUCCUCAGCCCGGGGUGAGCCAGUCCAACUGAUCCUGCACAAGUCUCCCUGCUGCCUCCUGCCGGACUGUUCCUGGUUGACUACGUGUUUGGCUCUCUGCCUUCUCUUCAUGUUGGCCUCUGUGUACUCUAGGCCCUUUGGACUUUAGUUACAAGAAUAUGGCAUUUAUGAUCAUGUUCUUUUGCCUCCUCAUAGCCCAUUGCUUUUCCAUGUUAGUGUCACAUGUUAUGUGAUCGCACCUGGACUGUUUAAAUGAUAAGCACACAUGCUUUAGAUCUGUGCUGCCUUUUAUCUACAUUGCCUGGACCUUGUUCUUGGCUCUGGCCUUCCCUACUUGUCUUUAACACGGACACUCAUGAGUCAUCCUCCAAGACGACCAGUGCAUCCUCAAGCUCUGCUCCUUCGGGCCAGUGACUUGCGGGGCUUUGUGUUCAUGCUGGCUAUGCAUGUCAUCUAUGCAGGUGUUUCCAUUGCCACUGCAGAAUGAAGUCAGUGCACAUGGUAUUGGUCAUCAGCCAGAACUUACUGUUCUGUGGGUCUGGGGUCACCAGCUAAGAUGUCACCUACUUUAUCUCUGGCUUUGGCCUGUGGUCCUUGAUACCCAUCCUGCUUGAUGUUCUGCAGAAUGGCAUUUGACUGCUGGGCAUGCAUGAGGUUAAGGGCAAGAAACAGUAUGCCAUGUGUUCUAUACCAUCAUGUGUCUCUUCCUGUUUCUGGGGCCUUCUGCUGGUGAACUUUCAUCAAGAUCUGUGCCAUGCCCUGUCACUAUCAAGUCAUUAAGUUUUGUCUGGGUUGCUAUCAGCCUCAGUUGGUUUCCUGGUCAACAAGAACCUCAAGAACUGCCUGUGGACCAAGGCUCCCUGCCAGUGCAUGAGACACACACCUACCCUCCCCAUCCUUCCAGGAACUCUACUGGCUGCCAGACUGUUGGGCAGGCUGAUAUGUGUGGACCUGUGUUCACUGUCAUGCUGUGGCUCCAGGAUGUGACCAGAGAGACCAAGGACUCCUAAGAAUCACCCGGUUUAUUCCUGUUUCUCUAACACGCUGGCUCCCACGUGCUGGCCUUGGACCCAGGGAGGACUGAAGGGUUACUGCAGUAGGCCUAGGAAGCCACAGGCACAUCCAGCACCACAGGUUUUCAAAUGUUUCCAGAUGCCUCUGGGACGAAUAAAAUAAAAAACCAAGAGCUAUUGAUUCACGGCUGUUGUAUCAACGGCCUUGUGUGAGACUUCUCUUCAGCUUUCAGAGACUUCUUUUCUGUGAGAAUCAAGCUCCUUCCCCCAGUAGAAACUGGCCCCUGGUUCCUGGCCCAUGUUUAUGUCACAUGAGACCCUCCUGCCCGGUCUCAGGGAAUUGGAUCCAGGGCAGACGCCUUGCCUAAGCUGAGCCAACUAGAGCCUCCCUUUUAGAAACUGGAAAUUGGGAUUCAAAGAUAGCUUUUGGGUGCAGGUUAGCGGCCAGUGGCAAUAUGUAGCUGGGAACUGUGGGGUGGCACCACCUCCUCGUCACCCCAGUUUCAGCAUGGGAAGCAGGGAUGCAGGGGGAAAAGAGUGCUGCGAGAACCUGAAAUAGAAACUGAGACAACAUGCAGUCGGACCCUGACUGCGGUCCAGCUCUGGCUUCGUACCUCCCAGAACUGCCUCUGUAACCUAGAAGUCUUUCCAGUACAUUAAAAAUUGAUCACAGUAGCUCAUGCUGGUUUCCAUAAUUUCAACAAAGUAAACUUUGACAAAAGUCACUUCUUGAUAUUAUAUAUUUUCUCAAUAAUGGAUAUUGAAAUAAAAUAGUUAUUGUGGGAGAUCUUAAUUUUUAUACACAAUAAGGGUGUCAAUGCUUAAUAAAAAUGUUUUGGAAGGUUGAGAGUCCCUGCUUUGCCUAAAAAUCCUCCAGAGAAGGAAAUGUAUCAGUUACAGAAGAUAAUUCAUGCAAAACACUCAGCUCAGCAUCCUUCACAGAUUAAGUACUCAAUAAGGAUUAGCAAUUAUUUUCUUCACCACACAGACUCAUGACCAGUACUCACAAUGCCCAAGUCCUAGAAGACCUUCCUAAAGUCUUUUUCAGACUGAACUGUUAUGAUUUGAGCAUGCCCCUCCUCACCCCAAAGAUCUUUGCAGCCACAGUGCAUCUGCCCUGCUUUUAGGAGUAGAAAGAGCAUGCGUUGGAAUUGGUUUUAGGUGGGAUGUGGUCUCAUAAGCAUCACCUGGAGAAUGUUUCGAAUUAAAAAAUUCCCAGGCCCUAUCCAAGAUCCAUCGAAUAGAAGCUCCAAGGAGGAACCUAAGAAGCUAUACUUUAACAAAUGCUCUGCCAGGUGCAGUGGCUCACGCGCAUAAGCCCAGCACUUUGGGAGGCUGAGGUGGGCGGAUCGCGAGGUCAGGAGAUUGAGACCAUCCUGGCUACCACAGUGAAAGCUACUUUCUACUAAAAACACAAAAAUUAGCUGGGCGUGGUGGCACGUGCCUGCAGUCCCAGCUACUCGGGAGGCUGAAGCAGGAGAAUCGCUUGAACCCGGGAGGCGAAGGUUGCGGUUCGCCGAGAUUGCGCCAUUGCACUCCAGCCUGGGUAACAAGAGCUAAACGCCGUCUCAAAAAAAAAAAAAAAGCUCCAAGUGAUUCUCAUCAGGCCACUCUGAGUUCCUGACUCUAAAACCAUGACAUCAGUAUAAUGGAGGAAAUCCCAAAAUGCCAUGGAAGAGAAAGCAUGAGUUCAUUUUAGUUAAAGCGGAAGCAGUUAAUUGUUCAUGAAGAAAUUGCCUGAAGAGAGGUAAUAUCUUUUUUUUUUUUAGUUUUCAACCAUGCUUUUAAUGAAAAGAUUAUAUGAUAACAAUUUUUCAUCACUGUACAUGAAGACUUCAUGCUUCUGAAUGGAGAGAUUGAUCAUCCAUGAAUUGCUUUUCUGUGACACUGGACGGCUAUGUAGCUGCAGCUCUGACCUGAAUUUAUACAAACUCUCGAGGGAUGCACACUCUAUGUAAUGAGUGAUAGUGGUGGUUACCAGUCGGAAGCGAGAGCCUGGUAUCCUUCUCCCUUUCUGGGAAGGGCAUAAAAUAGGACAGUUCCAGUUAAAGGAAACAGGUCUCUUGGAACAUUCACUCUCAGAUUGGUCCCUCUUGGAACCAGGUGGCAUGAGGUAAGAAAGCCAUGCACAUGGAGAGGCCAUAAGGAGGUACUCCAGCUGAGCUUCCAUCCCACAGCCAUGUCAGCUGCCAACUAUCUGAGUGUGCCAUCAUAGAUACAGAUCCCAGUCAAGCCUUCAGGUCCUUGAGGAAUCAUCACACUGUCUUCCACAAUGGUUGCACUCAUUUGCACUCCCACCAACAGUGUAAAAAUGUUUCUGUUUCUCCACAUCCUCUCCAGCAUCUCUUGUCUCCAGAUUUUUUAAUGAUUGAAACAUGACCAUUUCUUAUGGAAAAGGAACAAUGAUUCAGAGAGCAGAAUCCAAAUCCCAGUAGGAGUGGGGAGCCAAGAGCUGCAAUCAUUCCCAGGGAAGCAUGACUGGGAACGCAGUAGUCAAGGAUCUGGCAACGUGCAUCUGACUGGAUUCUAGAAUUGCUGUGGAUCAGUGACUGUGAUGUACCUUCGAUUUCUCUCCCUUUUGAAUGAAAGCUUUAGUGAAGUUGUCCUAUCUCUGUAUCACCACUGUAUUUAUAUGUGUGGGACAGAUAACUUGUCCCUUCAUCUCACAGGUCUUCGAAUUGAGAGGAGUUGUACUCAGGGAACUGCACCCCAAGGAGCUCAUCUGCAUCAGGAUCUGACUUAAGUGAUGAAAUCUUGGACCUCAAACUUGAGUGGAUGGCAUUAUGGGAUGAGACUUUGGGGUCUUAGGAGGAGACAUGUGUAUUUACCAUGUGGGAAGAAUGUAAAUAAUAUGCAACCAAAGAGCAGACUGUGAGAAAUUAAAGAUGACUACGAAUUCUUUGACUCUCUUCCUAUUAAGAGUUACUGUCUUAUUUCCCUCCUAUUGAAUCGAAGCUGGCCUUGGGGAAUUGCUUGACCAAUAGAAUACACAGGAUGUGAAGUUUGUGACUUGGGAGAUUAGUGCAUUAGAAGUCUUGCAGUUCCUGCCUGGAUCUCUUGGAAAGUUUUCUCUUAGAAUACUCCCACUAUUCUGUGGAUUCUAAAUUCUGUGAGAAGCCCAAAUCACACAGACUACAUAGAGAUGCUCAAUCAGUAGCCCCAGAAGAACUCCCAGUCCUCGUUGACAUUGACUGGUGGCCAUAUGAGUUGUCAUCUUGGACAUCCAGACCAGUAGACCCUCCAGAUGACUGCAGCCCCAGCUCCCAUCUGACUUCAUCCGCAUGAGGGACUCUAGGUGAAAACUUCCCACCUGAGCCAGUCAACCCACAGAACCAUAAGAGAGAUGAUAAAUUGCUUUAAGCCAUUAAAUUUUGAUGAUGCUUUGUUAUGUAACAAGAGAUAACCAGAGAAGUUCAUAUUGCAGAGGUCAACAGUCAUGGUUUCAAAUCUCAAGUUCAUCAUUUAUCAACUGUGUAAUUGUGGGCAAGUCACUAAAAUAUCUGAACUUCGUUUUUCUCAUCUAUAAAAUGGAAUUCAAAACAGAAUCCACCUACUGGGUUUGUUGUGGGAAUUAAAAGAGAGAAUGUAUGAAAAGCGACAGUAUGGUGACAGAGAGAGAGUCGGUAAAUAGUUACUAUGGUUAGUGAAUCAGUGUGUGUCAUCUGCUUUUGUUCAAAGGUGGAUGAGAUGCUUGGGGCCUUGUGGGAAGAAUUACUUUAAGAGUCUGGUCAUUUUACUAAGGACCUGAGAGCACAGUUAGGUCAUUAGCAUCUUUGUAUUUCCUGUCCAUUUUUCUAUAGUAGACUAUAGGGGAUUUGAUUCACAGGGGAAGCAUUUUGAAAAAAUCCUGGGCUCAAAAGAAAUAGAAACACUUGGCCUUUUAAAAUGGGGUUGUUAUGCUUCCGUAGGUGGCACUUACCACCUUCACAUGUGCUGAGCAGGCCUAGCUCAUUAAGGUCAUAGUAAGCAGCUGAGCAGACCCAGUCCUUGUUACAGUGAGCAGAGGCACCAGCCUAGGGAGAAGGAGGGGGACUCUAAAGCCCCCUGGAGGUCUGGGAUGCUGCUGCUGUACACUGUGUGUGCAUGUGGUUGGGUGAGCGGGUGCCGGAAUUCCACAUGAGGUGAGGGCAAACUUAAAGAGGCUGUACCCCAUCCGAGAGGUUUAAAAGAAUGUCUUGACGUUCAGCAAGUUUUAAUCACCCACUCAUUUAUAUAGGCAUUUACUCAUUCAACAACCAUUUAUUGCAUACCUCUGUGCACCAGGCCCUUUGCUAGGCUGUGGGGAUGCUCCAUACUUAGGACACAGUUCCGGCUGGGCGUGGUGGCUCAAGCCUGUAAUCCCAGCACUUUGGGAGGCCGAGGUGGGUGGAUCACGAGGUCAAGAGAUCGAGACCAUCCUGGUCAACAUGGUGAAAUCCCAUCUGUACUAAAAAUACAAAAAAAAAUUUAGCAGGGCAUGGUGGCAUGUGCCUGUAGUCCCAGCUACUCAGGAGGCUGAGGGAGGAGAAUUGCCUGAACCCAGGAGGCGGAGGUUGCGGUGAGCCGAGAUCGCGCCAUUGCACUCCAGCCUGGGUAACAAGAGCGAAACUCCAUCUCAAAAAAAAAAAAAGAGACAGUUCCUCCCCUGUGAUCAUGAGGGGCUCUUGGACCAGCAGGGGAGACAGACAGGUAAACAAGAAGUAUGGCCAGGGCAGGGGUAAGUAUAACAGUAGAGGGCAACACAGGAGGGACCCCACCUCUGGCAUCAAACCUGCUCCACCUUGGGAUAAAAUUCUAAACAGGGAAGCGAGUAGGGCAUGAGCUGCAUCUGGAAAAAUGGACAGGCUUGGGAUUGACUGAGGGAGCUGUAGGCAGAAGCCACAGACCAGAGGUACUGGGCAGGGCCACACUGGCCUCUAGGGGCCAUAGACUGAUGUGGUCUCAGGCAGCCCUGGAGUCUGGUGGGGCUGUUCCACAACUCCCACGGGGCCUGCAGAGAGCGAGUGUCUCUCACAGGCACAGAUUAAAGCAAAGCAUCUCAACUAUGUCUUGGUUUUGGCUCCAAAGAUGACUUCUGUGUGGGCGAAUCUUCUUCAUGUGUUCUUACUUUUUAUUGUCCAUGUUGUAAAACAUUUUUUUUAAAAAGCUAAAAUAAACUUUCAGAGUUCAAAAUGGCA